AUGGCCCCAGAAACCGACAAAGGCAAACAGCCUGACCGUGAGCCACCCAACCCGAGUCCACCCCAGAACCAGAACCAGAACCAGCUGCUGUUCGUCGACGGCCCCAGUCUCGGCCGCGGGGGAGACGCCAAGUCCCGCAGCACUCGCUCAGCCCUGAUCCGCCGUCUCAUCGCGGAGAAGCAGACCAAGUACCGGCAGGAAGAGGCUGCGAGACGAGAGCAGCUGAUUGCCCAGCGCCAGCGCCGGGGUCCGACUCCGGUCCAGUGGACGACGACGUGGUACCCAUGCGUAUGUCAGACGAGUGAGACGCAGGGCCAAGCCGAAUCCCAGAGCCGAAUCCGGGUCCCUGGGACUGGGACUGCCAGUGGCAGUGGCAGUCAGGACGGGGUCGGGGGGACUAGUGCGAGAUUGCAACCCACGCGGGUGAUACGAUCCAGGACGGAAGAUGCCGCCGUCUGUGGAACCUGUGGAGGGCUGCUGAGGAGCGACACCAGCACGCCGGAACCUGGCGCUCGGACUGGCACUGGAGCUGGCAGUUCGCAGUCGCAGUCGCAAUCGCAGUCGCAAUCGCAGUCACAGUCGCCGACGACCACCGCGGCCGCAGAAACGCGCCUGCCACUGGCCGUCACCCGGCGAAUAGACCCCUUCUCCGCCGUGGAUCCCAGACUGGCUCCCAGCCUGGACAGUCUAGUCCACCACUCGCUCACCUCCAUCUGGCCGGGCUUCCGGCAGAUGGACUUCGCCCGCCGCUGCUACCAAUCGUGGAUCUUGCCGACGCGCGAGAACAAGCUGCUGCUGUACAGCACGCUCUGGGGCGCCUCGUGCCACCGCGACGUGCUGCGCAUCAGCCACGGGUCGAAUCCCGUGCUGGAGACGCGCGAUCAGCUGUACUACAAGGGCCGCGUGCUGCGCAUGCUGCACAACCACGUAGCGGAUUUCGCCAACGAUGACUGGCGCGACGGCAUCAUCAUGGCGAUUCUGUUCCUGGCAGUCAAUGAGACGAGCUGGCGCGAGAUCGUGCGUGACCCAAACCCCUUCACCCCGCCCUUCACCAACAUGCAGCAUCUCGACUUUUACGGCAGUCGUGACUACCAUUCGCUGCAUUGGUCCAUCAUCUGUAAUUUGUUGCAGCGGCUGGGCGGACUUAGCAAGAUUCGAGUGUAUGGGUUGGCGUGGCUGGUGUCAAUAUCGGAUCUGAUGAACGCGGCGCACGCCUUGACCAAACCGCUGUUCCAGCCCGUCGACGCAGAAGGCCAGCAGCUCAACUUCACCUCCCCCCUCGACGUCUUCCCCAUCCCCACCCACUCCGAAGAACCCGGCCGCGGAUUCCGCCACCUGCGCAACCUCUGCCCCCCGGUCAAACAAGACAUCGUGCGCGUCUUCAUCCAGCUCAGCGAAUUCUCCACCCUGGUGCAAUGGUACGCGCGCCGCCGCCUCGAUUCCGUCUCGCUCGACCUCCUCGCCGACGUCCGUAACCACGUCCACCAUGUCCUCUUCAGCCUCCCCGACGAGCACGACCCGCUCGAAGACUCCCUCGAAAUGUGCGAUCUCUCCCCGGACGACGCCUCCAUCUCCCACGGCCUGUAUCUCUCCUGUCGCCUCGCCGCCCUCCUCUAUGCCACCCACGUUACCUUCCCCAUGCCUCGCUCCGCCUUCCUCCGCGCCGCUAUCAUCCCCAAGCUCGCCGCGCUGCUCGCGAACAUGCUGCACACGGUGACGAAUCCCGUGCUGCUGUGGUGUGCGGCGAUGACGGCGAUCGCCGCCGAGGACAUGCGGGAACACGCGGCGCUGCUGCCCCUGGUGGGCCGCAUGUGUCGGGAGCUGGACGUCCGAUCGUAUGCGCAGCUCGUGGAGAUCCUGCAGACGUUCGCGUGGGUGGACGUGGCGUGUUCGGAGGGGUGCACUCGACUCUGGGAGGCCUUGCAGCGUCUCGAGAGACAGAGAGGUGAGACAAAAUGA